AUGGACCACGGCACGUUACUGGUUAAUAACACGGACAGAUUUGGCAUCAAUAACUCGACCCUGGAGUUCACCUUGGUGUGUUUCCCGGAGGUCCACAGCUGGGACAUCUCUGGGCUCCUCCUGUUCUUCCUCUUGGGGGCCCUCUUCUCCAAUAUGACGCUGUUUGUGGUGAUUGUCCUCGAGCCGCGGCUCCAUCAUCCCAUGUACUACAUCCUGGCUAUGCUCUCCGUGGUGGACAUUUGUCUCAGCGUUGUCGCCACUCCCAAAAUCCUGGUGAUGCUGUGGACGGGCUCCACCACGGUGAUGGCCAACGCCUGCUUCAGCCAAAUGUUCUUCAUCAACUUGUUUUCGGCCGGAGAAUCUUCCAUCUUCCUGGUCAUGGCCUACGACCGCUACGUGGCCAUCUGCAGCCCCCUCCACUAUUCUUCCAUCAUCACCAAAGGAUUCGUGGCCAAGGCUUGUGUGUUCAUUCUGGUGAGAAAUAUGGCGGUGGCCCUGCCCAUGUCGCUCCUGGCCGCGGGUCUGGAUUACUGCUCCAGCCGGGAGAUUCUUCAUUGUUUUUGUGAGAACAUGUCGGUGGAGAAGCUUUCCUGCAGUGACAACACGUCCAGCAGCAUCUACGGCCUGGUGGUCUUCAUCCUGAUUGGUGGCAGUGACCUCCUGCUCAUCGUCAUAUCCUACUUCGUCAUUCUACGGACGGUGGUGGUGGCGCGUUCCUUCAGCGCCGCCUCCAAAGCCUUCCGCACGUGCGGCUCUCACCUCAUCGUCAUCUGCAUGUUCUACAUCACAAUCGCCACCACCAUGGUGUCCAACCGGGCGGUCAAGGAGAUUCCACGGCCGGUCCACGUGGUCCUGUCUCUUCUACAUCAGCUUCUGUCCCCGGCUCUGAACCCGGUGGUGUAUGGCGCCCUGACCAAGGAGAUACAACAUGCCAUACUGAGGAUUCUGGGGAAGAUAAAGAUUCAUCCGUGA